AGUUUAUUUUAUAUGAUUCUAGACUUGAUUUGAACUUCUAACAAAAUUAACAGAUUUCUUAGCAUAAACGAAAUUUUAUAAUGAAAUGGAACCAAUUACUAUCCAUUUUUACUUUAAGCCAUGCACUAUUUCAAAUUAUUUCAGCUGAGAAAUUAAAAAUUGUGUGUUACUACUUUUCCGAGGCAUACGAUAGAUCUGAUAAUGGUUCUUAUGACAUUUCUAAUAUUGAUCCAAUGCUGUGCACUCAUUUAAUUUAUAAAUAUGUCGAUCUGACAACUCUUGGAGAAAUUGUGCUACGUGAUGACCGAAUUGAUAAAUUCAACAUGAAUUAUUUUAACGGCCUUAAAGUUAAAAAUCCUAAACUUAAAACUCUUGUCGCAAUUGGAGGAUAUAACGCAGGUGUAACAACAUUUUCAAUUGUUGCCGAAUCGAAAUCCAUUAGAUCUAAAUUUGUACGAAAUGCUUUAAAAUUCGUCCAGAUAAAUAACUUUGAUGGGAUAGAUUUUGUCUGGGAAUAUCCUACCCAACGUGGGGGUAAACCAGAGGACAAGAAAAAUUUCAUAGAAUUACUUAAAGAAACGAAGACAGUUUUUGCAACGCAUGGUCUAUUAGUCAGUACUGUAGUAUCAGCAUUAGCCUCUGUUGUUGAACAAGCUUACAAUGUUCCAUAUCUGAAUAAAUAUGUUGAUUUUAUUAAUGUCAGGACAUUUGAUUUUCAUAACUAUACUGAAGGAGUGGUGGACCAUCACGCUCCCUUAUACCCAAGAAUUGAUACACCUUCUCGGUAUGAGAGCGUUCAAUUUUGUGUCGAAUAUGCAAUAAAUAAUUGGAUUUCUUUGGGCGCCGAUAAAAAAAAAUUAAUUCUUGGUAUUCCUUUCUAUGGGAGAGGCUUUACACUAAAAAAUAGCGGCGAUACAUCUGUAGGAGCAGCUUCAAUCGGACCAAGUAAAAGUGGACCUUACACAGAUGACAAAGGAUACCUAGGGUAUAACGAGAUUAUGGAAAUGGGAUAUCGAGAAGCCUUUUGGGAAUAUAUAUGGGACGAUGUACAGAAGGUUCCUCAUACGAAUAAGGGAGACCAGUGGAUUGGAUAUGAUGAUGAAAGAUCAGUAAGAAUAAAAACUUUAUUUGCAUUGGAAAGCAAACUAGGAGGUGUUAUGGCAUGGGGCAUAGAUACCGACGAUUUCCGAGGAUCAUCUGGAAAAAUUAACCCACUUUUAAACACUAUAAAUGAUGUAAUGAAACCCCAUAUUUGAAUACAGUGAAAUGUAUAAUAGAUUAUAAUAUUUUCUGGUGUAAUAAAACAAUAAAUAUUAGAAUUAU